GAGGCUGAGGGAGCCGGUCCCGGGACAGGCUUCUCGGGCUUGUGCCAGACAGCAGGGGCGAGUCCAGAAGGCCGGUGCCGAGGGGCCAGGCCCGGCGGACUACGGGCCGGGCGGGACCCAGCGCUGAGUGUGGCGGCGGGACGAGCCCAGGCGAGACCUCCCGGCCGGGGUGUGAGCCCGGAGCCAAAGGUCUACCAGGCGGUCUGAGCGGAGGAGCAGCCCGGGAUAAAGGCGGCCCCGGCGCCUGCCCGGAGGGAGGAGCCCAUUCCCAGCACCCCAGCAGGGGGCUGGCCAGGAUCACCUGGGAAGCCUGAGCUGGUCUUUGCUAGAAAUGGACGUUCCUGAGGCGCCCUCUGCUGGAUCUGGAGCCGACGGCCUGUAAAUUCCAAGUGAUGUCCAGGGUCCUCACCCCGAGGCCCAGGCCCUCCCCCGGAAAUGGGACUCUGUACGAACAUUACAGCUACGUGGGCAAGCUGGCCGGCCGGCUGGCGGAUGCCCCCGAGGGCAGCGCCCUCACCACCGUGCUGUUCUUGGUGCUCUGCAGCUUCAUCGUCCUGGAGAACCUGAUGGUUCUGAUCGCCAUCUGGAAGAACAAGAAGCUUCACAACCGCAUGUACUUCUUCAUCAGCAACCUGGCUCUCUGCGACCUGCUGGCCGGCAUCGUCUACAAGGUCAACAUCCUGAUGUCGGGCAAGAGGACACUGAGCCUGUCUCCCACGGUCUGGUUCCUGCGAGAAGGCAGCAUGUUCGUGGCCCUUGGGGCGUCCACCUGCAGCCUCCUGGCCAUCGCCAUCGAGCGGCACCUGACCAUGAUCAAAAUGAGGCCGUACAACGCCAAUAAGAAGCACCGCGUCUUCCUGCUCAUCGGCAUGUGCUGGCUUAUCGCGCUCUCUCUGGGAGCCCUGCCCAUCCUGGGCUGGAACUGCCUGCACAACCUCCCGGACUGCUCCACCAUCCUGCCCCUCUACUCCAAGAAGUACAUCGCCUUCUGCGUCAGCGUCUUCACCGCCAUCCUGGCGGCCAUCGUGAUCCUGUACGCGCGCAUCUACUGCCUGGUGCGGUCCAGCAGCCGCCGGGUGGCCAGUCCCCUGCACUCGGAGCGCUCCAUGGCCCUGCUCCGCACCGUGGUCAUUGUGGUGACCGUGUUCAUCGCCUGCUGGUCGCCGCUCUUCGUCCUCUUCCUCGCCGACGUGGCCUGCAGAGUGAAGGAGUGCGCCGUCCUGUUCAAGGACAAGUGGUUUAUCGUGCUGGCCGUGCUCAACUCCGCCAUGAACCCCGUCAUCUACACGCUGGCCAGCAAGGAGAUGCGGCGGGCCUUCUUCCGGCUCGUCUGCCACUGCCUGGUCCCCGCCCGGGGCACCCGCUCCCUACCCAUCCAGCUCGCUCUCGACCCGAGCAAGAGCAAGUCCAGUGGCAGCAACAGCAGCCCCUCCCCGAAGAGCAAGGAAGACAUGACCCAGACGACCCCCUCCCCAUGCCUAACCGACAGGAACAAAACCCUGCAGAACGGGCCCCUCUGCAAGUGAGGGCGGGGCCCGCGGAGUGAUCCUCCGGCUCUGCAGCAGCAGCGCCCAGCUCUGCGGCCCCUGUUUGUUUGUGUUGGUUUCAGAGAGGAAGUGCGCGUGCGCGGGAGGGAGACAAACAUCAGUGAUGAGAGAGAAUCAUUGAUCAGCUUCCUCCUGCACAGCCCCCACUACGGAUGGAGCCUGCAACCCAGGCCUGUGUCCUGACUGGGGAUGGACCAUGACCUCCUGGGUCAUAGGUUGACGCUCAACCUCUUAUUUAUAGCAGCCUUGCCAGGGCUUUACCGGAGCGGAGACUCAGGAAAUCCGUUUUGCCGACAGCCUGAUGGGUGAGGCUGUCCCGUCAGGCUGGGACUCAAGGACUUGCCAUCCCAUUUCAGUGUGGAAAGUGCUCUUUGUUUCCGGGUCCAAAGCCUUCCAAGGGUGCCAAGCUGCACGGGGUCCGCCUGGCCACUGUGGCACGUGCAGAGGCUGCGCACUCAGUGUGGUCACAGCACGGACAUGUUCUGCCCGUCCUGUUGGGACAUGCCUGGGAACAGGUGACACCGGUCCCAGUCUCAGACAGACGUGAAGUCUGGAGUCCAGCAGGUGUCAAAUGCAAAAAUUCUCAGAAAGCCCUUGUCCAAGGCGGUCCCAGGAGCGUGGAUCUGACCUCACAGUCCUGCCCCGUGCCCGGGGGCAGGUCAGUGUCUACCUGGCCAGAACAGCCAAGUUCCCCGAGGACCUGCCACGUGUCCCUGCUCGGUGCUAAGGACACCUGGAGCCAAAUUAGCCAAUUACAUGAUUAAUCAUGGGUUUCCCCAAAUCACAAAAACGUCAGCCAAGGUCCCUCAGGAGGCUGAGCUCAGACUAACUAAGAAAUGGCCCUGCUCGGGGAAGCGAGGACAGGCCCCUGGGCCGUCUUGUCAAGUUGCCGGAGGCAGCCUAUUGAGUGGAAAGUUUCUACUGAAUUAGGACAGGUUUACGAGGCAUCGUUUUGAUCCCAUGUUAAGUUUGAUUCUGUAUCAGGAAAGCACCAGGUCGGAAUCCCGUGUUGUCACAGCGGAGGAGCUGGGCCAGUCGCCGUGUCCACACUUGCGGAAGGCUGCCCUGACAGUCACUGUCCAGCAGCUGCAUUGUCACACAGACGGGAGCUGGGGGCUGUGCCCUCCUCCAGGAAGUGGACGAUGGCCAUCUUCCCUUCAGCGCAGGCUGGCUCCGUGUCACUCUGUCGCCUAUGGCCAGAGCCACGUCUGUAAGCUCUCAUAAGCACACGGUUGACGUCUUGGUUCUUGAAAAAUCCAAGCAAACAACCUUCAAAAGAUUCUUACUUGGGGAAACCUUCCAUGAAGUUUUAGGUUCGGCGCGAAUGUAACUGCAUAGAGACGGAAGGAGUAGCAUUAACACACUAACGACUCUGCAGAGAAAUUGGCUCCUGUUCUUUCUGAUGCGAGUUCCUCUCAUUAAGGGACAUUUCUGUGGUCCUGGGGCCUCUCUGUGUACUGACCAGAGACUGUCCUCAUUUUAUUAUUGAUGACGUACAUCCUGUUUGUAAGCAGAGGUUCGUCAGUGGCAUUUAUUUUUGUUACCUUUUCACAUCACUGAAAAAGAACUUGUCCUUUUACCCUGUAACGUGAGCAAACCCAGGGCAUGUCUUGCAAAGUUAAGCAUUAAGGUACUGGGUUCAGAAAAAACGCAUCAGAGAGCCAAAAUGUUGGGCAUUACCUUUCACUGAGGUCGCAGCCUGCCUGUCAUAGUUCAGGUUGCUUUGGGGGCCCAGAUCUCGGAGCUAAUAAUAGUAAUGCUUUGCACCAUCGCCACACUUCCCUUUGAAAUAACACAAAACGAGUUGGUCCGAAGGUUGUGGGUUAUUGUUAAGCUGAAAUAACACAAAACGUUCAAGCAAUCUGAAUGAAAAAGACUCAACAAAGUAACUGUUCAUGUGAUAUGUGCAAAAAAAUAACCAGCGGUAACCUGCCAGGUGCAUUCCAAGCUAGCCAGCGGACCGCUUUGAAGCUGAGUGCUCCGCCAGAGCCUGCCCACAGGUCUUAUUCGGCUAGUAACCUGCAUGAUGUCCCAUGUAUGUGUGUUAA